CUACAGGAGGAAGAACAAAGACACACCCAGCGCAGAGAAAGCGCGCUUUUCCCUUUCUGUGUUCAAACUCAGCCGCCUUUUUUCAGAGCCGGUCGAUUAAAGUCCAGGUGAAAAUGCCUCCCAAAAAGAACACGAUGUCAAAGGACAUCAGGUCCUAUUGCAAGAAAAGUGACAAUCCUGGCAGCAGCAGCUCGACCACCACAGAGAGUACAUGUACGCAGCCAGGUGGAGCUACAGCCUCUCAGCCAGACGGAGCUACAGCCUCUCAGCCAGACGGAGCUACAGCCUCUCGGCCAGGCGGAGCUACAGCCUCUCGGCCAGACGGAGCUACAGCCUCUCGGCCAGGUGGAGCUACAGCCUCUCGGCCAGACGGAGCUACAGCCUCUCGGCCAGGUGGAGCUACACGCUCUCGGCCAGGUGGAGCUACAGCCUCUCUCCCAGGUGGAGCUACACGCUCUCGGCCAGGUGGAGCUACAGCCUCUCUCCCAGGUGGAGCUACAGCCUCUCGGCCAGGUGGAGCUACAGCCUCUCUCCCAGGUGGAGCUACAGCCUCUCGGCCAGACGGAGCUACAGCCUCUCUGCCAGGUGGAGCUACAGCCUCUCGGCCAGACAGAGCUACAGCCUCUCUGCCAGGUGGAGCUACAGCCUCUCAGACUUUUACACACAGCCAAGUGAAGAAGGAGAACGAUGGUGAUUCCAAGGACGGACAUUUACAUCAUUUCAACGUGAAAUUCAGUCCUGACUGUAAUGAAUUCACAAUCAGCUAUGAUCAACCUUGCACAGUGCUGGAGGCACUAAAAUUGCCUGAAAACUAUAAUGAGAAGAUGAAGAAUUUUUCAGAUGAAAACAUUGUAAUUCAGCUGGGUAAAGGAGAUAGAGCAUCUAUUGUUGCAACACAUUUCCCUUGUUCUUUUAUCAGUGAUGGUGAGUCUCUGAUUAUAUCAUGUAAAUCAGAAAUGUUUGAAGAGGCCCAAGACCGAUAUUACCAACCAAUACAUUCAAGGGACAAAUAUUCUGUCUUCUACAUUGAUACAGUAGGAGGAAUAAACACCAAAACAAAGAAGCUUUUUAGAAGCAAUGCUGUAAAAGACUUCAAGUAUCUGUGUGUUUAUGGGGAGAAGGGGAUGACUGUGAAAGAGACUCUGAAAAGAGACGGUCGCUUCAUUGAUCUCGGUGACUUCACUUUGUCUGACAAUAAGAAUCCAACUCUCCUUACUGGAUGUGCACAAAAGGUUGACAAUCUAGAUCAAAAAGAAUUCAAAAUACGUCUUCCACUGAAAAAGAAAGCAAAUGAUAAAAAAACGCAGAAAAUCUCAGGUGCAUCAAAUAAUGCACAACACAGGUGUGGCACAACGGCAGUCUUAGAUGUAGUUCAUCAGAGAGGAAUCAGUGUCAGCAGAGCAGUGGAAAAGAGUGACAGGACUAAUGACACUGAGGAGAUUUAUCAAAUACUGCGUCAGCAGUUUCCAGUUCUGAAAGAAUUGAUGGAGAGUAGAUUCCCAGGUGAUUCUUACCAGGAAGCACUGAACCUGAGGAAGGAAGACUUUGGAAAGAUCCAACAGUCAUUCAGUGAAGUUCACAGAGUCAGGAAGCUGCUCAAACUGGGCGAGUCAGUCUGCAAAGUGGUUGUUGUGAAUCUUUGUGAGGGCACAGGCUUUGUGUUGUUUGACAACGUCAUCUUGACUAACGCACACUUAUUCAAAGAUUGUGUUGAAGAAGAAAAACUGAAGGCGGGUAUAGAUGUUUUGGUUCUCUUUAACCAUGAAGAUCCUGAGCCACAUGCAAAUUACUACUACUUCCAGGUAGCUCAGUCUCACAUUUGCAACAGAGAGGAUGGAUUAGAUUAUGCCAUACUUGAGCUCAACCCAGAGGGCCAGAAACCGAACCAAACAACACAAACAAAGAACAUUAAGGUACCACCAGGGCUUCUGAAGGAAUUUGGUUCAAUGCCUCUGAAUGGUGAAGCCUGUAUUAUUGGUCACCCAGCAGGAGGAGUGAAAAAAAUGGAUCCUACAUGUAUCAUUGAGAUAGAGAAGAGGGAACAGGCUGUAAAUGAUAAUUUACAUCUGUACAAAGUCAAUAAUUUCAUUGUCCACCCAACCAUUGAUCUUAUCAAACACCAAGGCAUUAAAAACAUAAUGAUGGGUGGAAAGAAAGCAAACAAAGUAGUGACCUACAACACAUUCAUGUAUCACGGCUCUUCUGGCUCCCCAGUGUUUGAUGCUCAUGGCAAAGUGUUUGGUUUGCACACUGCAGGAUUAAUCUGUAAGUUUCCAAACCACAAAGAGAGUGUGAUAGAGUUCGCCCAACCUCUGCUUACUAUAUUUGAACACUUUGUGAGUAAGCUGAAGGAAAGCAGAAAUGAGGACCUGUUGAAGAGAGUUGAGAAAGAAGCCAAGAGUAAUAAAUACCUAAAAGAGGUACUCAAUCCCAAGGCAACUGACGCUGAUGAGAGCUCAGACUCCGAUGAGUCAAUGGAGACUGAUUACGUCCAUCACUGCAUUCAGCCACCGCCUGAGGGUGUGGGUGGAGGACCAGAGCCCGUUUGUGUACUUAGUGCCAAGGACAAUCCUGGCAGCAGCAGCUCGACCACCACAGAGAGUACAUGUACGCAGCCAGGUGGAGCUACAGCCUCUCGGCCAGGUGGAGCUACAGGCUCUCAGACUGUUACACACAGCCAAGUGAAGAAGGAGAACGAUGGUGAUUCCACGGACGGACAUUUACAUCAUUUCAACGUGAAAUUCAGUCCUGACUGUAAUGAAUUCACUAUCAGCUAUGAUCAACCUUGCACAGUGCUGGAGGCACUAAAAUUGCCUGAAAACUAUAAUGAGAAGAUGAAGAAUUUUUCAGAUGAAAACAUUGUAAUUCAGCUGGGUAAAGGAGAUAGAGCAUCUAUUGUUGCAACACAUUUCCCUUGUUCUUUUAUCAGUGAUGGUGAGUCUCUGAUUAUAUCAUGUAAAUCAGAAAUGGUUGAAGAGGCCCAAGACCGACAUUACCAACCAAUACAUUCAAGGGACAAAUAUUCUGUCUUCUACAUUGAUACAGUAGGAGGAAAAAACACCAAAACAAAGAAGCUUUUUAGAAGCAAUGCUGUAAAAGACUUCAAGUAUCUGUGUGUUUAUGGGGAGAAGGGGAUGACUGUGAAAGAGACUCUGAAAAGAGACGGUCGCUUCAUUGAUCUCCCUGACUUCACUUUGUCUGACAAUAAGAAUCCAACUCUCCUUACUGGAUGUGCACAAAAGGUUGACAAUCUAGAUCAAAAAGAAUUCAAAAUACGUCUUCCGCGGAAAAAGAAAGCAAAAGAUAAAAACCAGCAGAAAAACUCGGGUGCAUCAAAUAAUGCACAACACAGGUGUGGCACAACGGCAGUCUUAGAUGUAGUUCAUCAGAGAGGAGUCAGUGUCAGAAGAGCAGUGGAAAAGAGUGACAGGACUAAUGACACUGAGGAGAUUUAUCAAAUAUUCAAAAAUUGUGUUGAAGAAGAAAAACUGAAGGCGGGUAUAGAUGUUUUUGUUCUCUUUAACCAUGAAGAUCCUGAGCCACAUGCAAAUUACUACUACUUCCAGGUAGCUCAGUCUUACAUUUGCAACAGAGAGGAUGGAUUAGAUUAUGCCAUACUUGAGCUCAACCCAGAGGGCCAGAGACCGAACCAAACAACACAAACAAAGAAAAUUAAGGUACCACCAGGGCUUCUGAAGGAAUUUGGUUCAAUGCCUCCGAAUGGUGAAGCCUGUAUUAUUGGUCACCCAGCAGGAGGAGUGAAAAACAUGGAUCCUAUAUGUAUCAUUGAGACAGAGAAGAGGGAACAGGCUGUAAAUGAUCAUUUACAUCUGUACAAAGUCAAUAAUUUCAUUGUCCACCCAACCAUUGAUCUUAUCAAAGACCAAAGCAUUAAAAACAUAAUGGUGGGUGUAAAGAAAGCAAACAAAGUAGUGACCUGUAACACAUUCAUGUAUCACGGCUCUUCUGGCUCCCCAGUGUUUGAUGCUCAUGGCAAAGUGUUUGGUUUGCACACCGCAGGAUUUGUCUAUGAGUUUCCAAACCUCACAGAGAGUGUGAUAGAGUUCGCCCAACCUCUGCUUACUAUAUUUGAACACUUUGUGAGUAAGCUGAAGGAAAGCAGAAAUGAGGACCUGUUGAAGAGAGUUGAUGAAGAAGCAAAGGAAAACUCAGACCUAAAAGAGGUCUUGAGCGCUGAGGUGAAAGCAAAGAACCUAAAAGAGGCAGUCAAGGCUGAGCCAGCAUACCUUUCAGCUGAGUUGAAGAAGCAAUACCGCAGAUGUAGGGCCAGUGCUAAGCUAAAAGCUAGGAAAUGGAGAUAUAAGCCUUGUGUUCCAUCAAUCCUCAUGGGGAACGUCAACUCCUUGCCCAACAAAAGUGAGGAGCUUGAAGCACUUGUGAAGAAUCAGAGAGCAUACCGUGAGUGUAGUCUCAUGUGUUUUACUGAGACCUGGCUAAACAACAACAUCCCUGACUCCUGUGUGGAUCUACCCGGCUUUUCUAUGGUACGGGCAGACAGAGAUGCGAGAGCGAGUGGAAAAAACAAAGGUGGGGGACUAGUUUUGUUUGUAAACAAUAGAUGGUGUAAUCCUGAUCAUAUUAUUGUUAAGGAGAAGAUCUGCUGUCAGGAUAUUGAACUCUUGGCAGUAGGUCUUAGACCAUAUUAUGUACCGAGGGAGUUCUCUCACAUCAUUGUCAUUGUUGUUUACAUUCCACCACGUGCAAGGGCUGUACUGGCAUGUGAUGUCAUCCACGAGGCUAUCGCGAGAAUACAGACCCAACACCCUGAUGCAUUCAUUGCAAUAUCGGGGGAUUUUAAUCAUGUAACCCUCACCUCCCACCUGACCGGCUUUACCCAGUUUGUUGAUUGUCCUACAAGAGAAAAUAAAACACUUGAUCUUUUGUAUGCCAAUGUCAAGGAGUCUUACAUUGCUUCAGCUCUACCACCACUUGGCAGAUCAGAUCACAAUCUGGUCUUUCUUCAGCCUUGUUACAAACCCUUUGUACUGAGGCAUCCUGCAGCCACCCGCUCAUUCAGGAAGUGGUCACCGAAGGCCAGCGAGUCUCUAAGGGACUGUUUUGAGUGCACGGAUUGGAAGGUACUGCUGCAGUCACAGAGGAACAGAAUGGACACUGACAUUAACAGUAUGGUUGACUGCACCACUGACUACAUUAACUUCUGUAGGGACACUAUUAUACCAGCAAGGACUGUACACUGUUUCCCCACUAAAAACCCUGGAUCAACAGUGACAUCAAGGCACUCCUCAACGACCAAAAGAAGGCCUUUAGGGAUGGAGACAGGGAGUAGCUCAAAUGCAUGCAACAUGAGCUGAAGAGGAGAUUAAAGCAGGCAAAGGACGACUACAGAAGAAAAGUAGAGAGAAAGCUGCAAUACACCACCACCAGAGAGGUGUGGAGGGGAAUGAGGACCAUCACUGGUUACAAAAAAAAAGAAUAGCCAGGCAACAGUGGGUGAUGUGGACAAUGCCAACGAGGUCAACCAGUUCUACAACAGGUUUGGAACAGCGACCAAUGUCUGCCCUGCCCCAGCCGGUACAGCCUCACCUGUUCACUCACCCACCACUUCAGCUGCAGCUUACCCAACUCCAUCUCCUCCAUGGGUGAGCCUGUCCAGAGGAUCUUCAACCUGAGUCUACAAAUGGGGAGGGUCCCAGUUCUGUGGAAAACAUCAUGUCUUGUACCGGUACCGAAAGUAGGGCGCCUGGAUGAGCUAAACGACUACAGACCCGUGGCCCUCACAUCACACAUCAUGAAAACCAUGGAGCAGCUGCUUCUCCCUCAUGAACCUCAUGUUGAAUAUACACUUGACCCCCUACAGUUUGAGAACACACUGGAGUGGACGAUGCUGUCCUCUAGAUGCUCCACCAGGUCUACUCUCACUUGGAUGAGCCAGGUGGUUAUGUGAGGAUUAUGUUCUUUGAUUUUUCAAGCACAUUUAACACCAUCCAACCCCCCAUACUUAGAGACAAGCUUCAAGGGAUGGGGGUGGAUCCCUCCUUUGCAUCCUGGAUCACGGAUUACCUGACAGGACGACCACAGUUUGGCUGGGGAACUGUCUCUGGGACGGCGGUGAGCAGCGCGGGGGCGCCACAGGGGACUGUUUUAGCUCCCUUCCUGUUUACAUUGAACACAGCGGACUUUAAGUACAACUCUUGAGUCCUGCCACAUCCAAAAGUAUUCUGAUGAUACUGCUAUUGUGGCGUGUAUCAGGAAUGGGCAGGAAGGGAAGUACAGCGACCUGACGAAGACCUUCAGUGACUGAAGUGAUAAGAACUGCUUCCUACUGAACACCUCCAAGACCAAGGAGAUGGUGGUGGAUUUUUGCAGGUCUAAGCCCCCUCUUCUUCAGCUAGUCAACAUUCAAGGGGUGGACAUUGAGGUGGUGUAGACAGGCAUCCCCUCCACAACAUCCUGGCAGGCCAGUGAAGCAGCUGCAGUAGAUGGCUUUUCUCGCUGCGUUGCAGGACUGAAAGGUUCAGGAGAUCCUUUGUCCCCACAGCCAUCAGGCUUUACACCUCAGUCAAUGGCGCUCAUGACCUGGUUGCUGGUUGCCCCUCUCUCCCCUGGACUGUUUGCAAUAAUCCUUUAAGGAUUAUGUGGUACUUUUUAUUGUCAUAUUUUAUUUAUUUAUUGACUUAUUUAUUUAUUUAUUUAUUUAUUUAUAUACUCGUUGCUCUUAAGUCAUUUUUGUUUUUGUUCUUUACCCUGUGCAUGCUGCUUUAUUACCUUCUUCUAUUGUGGAUUGUCUUAAUCUAUAUUUAUAUGCUAAUACAGAUUGUGUGAGCUACUGGACACUUAAAUUUCCUCCAAGGGGGAUGAAUAAAGUAUCUAUCUAUCUAUCUGAUGAGCACUCAGACCCUGAUGAGUAGACUAUUCAGAGGCUCCUCUGGCAAGUGUCAGAACACAUCUGGCUACAUAGGUUGUUAUUUUCUAGUUUAUAAAAUCAUUAUACUGCCACUGAGUGAAUGAUCAAAGUAAUUUUCUAAAUUAUGAAAAGAUAUCAGUCAGACUCACCAAAUCCAACUUUGUUUGUCAUCACAACAAAUUUCAAAGGUGCACUUCCCUGUUUGUUUGGGGCAGUGAACUGGAUGCCAGCAUGUUUGUUUGUAUUUUGCUCAGCUGUAAUUAUAAUCAUCCACUGUGGUGGGUUAGGGAGCUUAUUAUUGUAACUUUUCAAACUAAAUAACUAAUAAUGUUUGUUCAUUUUAUAGCAUUACUACUGCGCUCUAGCCUUACUGUAGAAGCUGUUCGGCCUUUUUACUGUCUUUUUAUUGAUAUUUUAGACUGUUACCUGCAUGACUUUUAGCCUCCUGAUGUAU